AUGUCUCAGGACAAUAUUGCAGCCUGCUUCAAGGCGCCCCUGGUGUUGCAGGCCGUGCGGCUGAGCGAGACGCGCCCGUUCCAGCGCUACGGCAGCGCGCUGCUGCGGACGCCCUUCCCCGGCUGCACCAACCACACCUUCGGCUCGGACGACUACUGGGGCUGCGCGGCGCGCCACUUCACCACCUCGCUGCACCACCAGGUCGGCACGUGCAAGAUGGGGCCGGCGGGCGACCCCACGGCCGUCGUGGACCCCGAGCUGCGCGUCCACGGGGUGCGCGGGCUCCGGGUGGUCGACGCCUCGGUCAUCCCGGACGCGCCCGCCGCGCACCCCAACGCCAUCGUCUACAUGAUCGGCGAGAAGGCGGCCGACAUGAUCAAGAAGACGUGGAGGGGAGCCACGUGACCAGACUGACGUAGCUGAGCUGCAACUGUGACUGUGAUAAGGUGGAACUGUGGUGACGUGGAACCCUUCGAACUGUGAUCACAGGCCACUGCGCCACUCGGCCUGUCGCUUUGGGAGUGGGAGUGAUCAGCUUGUGACUACGUCCAGAAAGUAGUAUACGUUUUCUUUUCAGAUUCACUCGGCAGCUUCCGCUGAGGGGGGGGGGGUGUUUGUUCAGCGCCUGCGAGACUCAGGGUAGGCCACCCGGCAGCACACGCAUGCACUGUAGGCAUGAUGUUGCCUACCCAUCAGGCGCUGUGAGAGGUCGCAGAGGCAAAGCUGAACUCUGCAGGUUAUUGGGAAUGACGGACGUAGGCCUACUCUCUGGAUGAUCCCCGUGUUGCACAAGCGACUGCGCUGACUCGUGCGCCUUGAGAUUUACUUGACAGGAGACGCCGCCCAACAUUGUGGCAUCAUACUAGAUGUAUCAUUUAUGUUUCAAUUAAAAUAAAUCUACAAACAUUUUUAA